CAAACAAAAAGCAAUUGUUGGAGUGCAAUGAGUUAACUAAUAAAUGACUGGUGGCAAGAGCUCACCAGUGCAUCAGGAAUCAUUGAGCAAUGAGGACUGACUUGAUUUUCCUUCUGAUUUUGACAGCACUGGGAGCUGUCACCAGCUACUCCAAUUCCAUUCAGUGCAGAGAUGAAAAUGGAAAAAAUGUCGAUUGGUAUGUUCUCUACAAAUUACCAAAAAUAUCGGAUCACUCGAAUCCGCUCGUCAGAGAAGGCGUGUCAUAUCUUUACAUGACUAAUCAAUCUGUUGCUAAUGGAUGGAAAUUAUCCAAACGAAGUAUUGAAUCAGUGCGAUCCAUUCCUGGACAGACACUUGCUCUUCUCUACAAAAACAAUGUGGCAGAAAAAUCAGCCUGGAUCCUGUACAACGAUCAGCCACCAAACAAGAAAAUUGCGCCAACGUACGGUCACGCAAAAGGUGUUCUAAUGACCAACGCUAAUCAUGGCUUCUGGAUGAUCCAUAGCGUUCCUAAUUACCCUCCCCCCCCAAACACUGGAGUAAUGAAAAAAUGUAAAUCAUCGAAUACCGACGACUGCGAUCUCGACACUGACGACAUCGUCGACGGCGAGUACUCGUACCCAGCGUCCGGGAAAAACAACGGCCAGAGUUUUUUGUGUAUCUCAGUUGGGGGUGAACAAAUGCUCGGAAUUUCAAAGCAACUCAUUUACAAUCAAAUAUCAUCAUACAAGUACAAUGUACCGAGACAAUUGCCACAGUAUUCCUUCCUCGUUAAGGCUGCACAACGUCCGAGGAUAAAGAAACCUCCGUACUAUCGCAAGGAAGUGAUAACGACUCUUGCCGGGAAUGAAUUUAUAUCUUUUGCCAAAGCUGAUAAAUGGCAAAAAGAUUUAUAUGACGAUUUUGUAGCCCCACAGCUAGAAUCUGAUAUGCUAGCCGAAACUUGGUUAAAUGGCAGAGGAAAAUUGCCCUCUGAGUGCAAUGGGACAAAGUAAUUAAAUCAAAUUAAAAUUCCAUUUGAUUUUUAUAAAUUGAUAUCUUUUUAUCGACACAAAUCGAUCAGAAACCUAUCGAAAAAAUAG